AUGACAACUUGCAGCUCUCAAUUGCUCUCCAAUGGUGGUAUCGCUUUGUUCCAGAAGAACCAGAGCUCUCCUUUAAACAACCACCUCAAAUUCUCCGGACCACUGUUUUCUACCAAGACAAAAAGAUCGUCGAGGGUGCAAGUCGUAUCCGCUGUUCAAUUCCGACCUUGCAUCGACAUCCACAAGGGUAAAGUGAAACAAAUAGUUGGAUCGACUCUAAGUGACUUGAAGGAAGAUGGUUCGGUUCUCGUUACGAAUUUUGAAUCGGACAAAUCAGCGGAAGAGUAUGCGAAGAUGUACAAAGAAGAUGGGCUUACGGGUGGUCAUGUGAUCAUGCUUGGAGCAGACCCUUUAAGCCAAGCUGCAGCUAUUGGAGCAUUACAUGCUUAUCUCGGCGGUUUGCAAGUUGGAGGUGGAAUCAACUCAGAGAAUUGCUUGAGUUACAUUGAAGAGGGAGCAAGCCAUGUCAUUGUCACUUCGUAUGUAUUUAACAAUGGUAAGCUUGAUCUUGAAAGACUGAAGGAUCUUGUGAAGAUUGUUGGGAAACAAAGACUGAUAUUGGACCUUAGCUGCAGAAAGAAGGAUGGAAGAUACGCAAUCGUUACUGAUAGAUGGCAGAAGUUCAGCGACGUCUUGCUUGAUGAGAAAUCAUUGGAGUUUCUUGGAGGAUUUGCAGAUGAGUUUCUGGUGCACGGUGUAGAUGUUGAAGGAAAGAAGCUAGGGAUCGAUGAAGAGCUUGUAGCUUUGCUUGGCAACUAUUCUCCGAUUCCGGUAACUUAUGCGGGAGGCGUGACGGUGAUGGAUGAUGUGGAGAGGAUCAAAGAAGCAGGAAAGGGACGUGUGGAUGUAACAGUGGGAAGUGCAUUGGACAUUUUUGGGGGAAAUCUACCUUACAAAGACGUUGUCGCUUGGCAUCACAAGCAACAAGAACCCUCCUCAACACUCCACUGA